AGGGAGGGGGCCGCCCCUGGUCCCGCGGGGAGGAGGGAGCGGGUGAGAGGCGGUGAGGCGGCGGAGGUUUAAAUAGCGUGAAACUAAGCUUAUAAAAGGCAGUAAACAUUUCUGACUUGUGGCUGGCUGGAGAAGUCCACCAUCAAACUGUGCGGAGACGUUCUUUGAGCUUCCACGCUUAUGUCUCUAAUGGACAAACACAAAGUGAAGCGACAACGUCUGGAUCGCAUAUUUGAAGGCAUUCGACCUCCGAUCAUGAAUGGGCCCAUGCACCCACGCCCUUUGGUAGCAUUGCUGGAUGGCAGGGAUUGUACAGUAGAAAUGCCUAUUCUGAAGGAUGUAGCCACGGUGGCAUUUUGUGAUGCUCAGUCUACACAAGAAAUUCACGAAAAGGUACUAAAUGAAGCAGUGGGUGCACUGAUGUAUCACACUAUCACUUUAACACGAGAAGACCUGGAGAAAUUUAAAGCACUUCGAAUAAUUGUCCGAAUUGGCAGCGGUUUUGAUAAUAUUGACAUCAAAUCUGCUGGAGAUUUAGGGAUUGCAGUGUGUAAUGUGCCAGCUGCCUCAGUAGAAGAGACGGCGGAUUCUACCAUGUGCCACAUUCUGAACCUGUACAGACGAACCACCUGGCUUCACCAGGCUCUGCGAGAAGGCACGAGAGUACAAAGCGUCGAACAGAUUCGGGAAGUGGCUUCCGGAGCUGCCAGGAUCAGAGGGGAGACCUUGGGCAUUAUUGGAUUAGGGCGUGUUGGGCAAGCAGUAGCACUACGUGCCAAAGCCUUUGGCUUCAGUGUGAUUUUUUAUGACCCAUACCUCUCAGAUGGCAUGGAGCGUGCUCUGGGACUGCAGCGGGUGAGCACUUUGCAGGACCUGCUGUUCCACAGUGACUGUGUUACCCUGCACUGCAACUUGAACGAACACAAUCAUCACCUUAUUAACGACUUCACUAUAAAGCAGAUGAGACAAGGGGCUUUCCUGGUCAACACAGCUCGAGGUGGGUUAGUAGACGAAAAAGCACUUGCACAGGCCCUGAAGGAAGGAAGGAUACGAGGGGCAGCCUUAGAUGUACAUGAGUCAGAACCAUUCAGUCAGGGCCCCUUGAAGGAUGCACCAAACCUGAUCUGUACCCCACAUGCAGCGUGGUAUAGUGAACAAGCCUCAAUUGAGAUGCGGGAGGAAGCAGCACGAGAGAUCCGGAGGGCGAUCACAGGUCGUAUUCCAGACAGUCUGAAAAACUGUGUUAACAAAGAUCACUUGACUGCAGCUACACAUUGGGCCAGCAUGGAUCCCGGAGUUGUUCAUCCAGAGCUUAAUGGUGCUGCAUACAGCAGGUAUCCCCCAGGUGUUGUAAGCGUGGCUCCAACUGGCAUACCUACGGCAGUAGAAGGAAUAGUCCCCAACCCCAUGUCUUUAUCACACGGCCUCCCUGCUGUAGCCCACCCGCCCCAUGCUCCUUCCCCCGGCCAAACUGUCAAACCAGAAGCUGAUAGAGACCACCCGAGCGACCAAUUGUAGCCUACGAAAACAGCAUUCCCAACAUCAGAGAUUUCAACUUCAGCGUGUGGAAAAAAAAAAAACAACCAAACACAAAACCCUGGAUUUUGAUUAAAGGCAAAACCAUGAACUUACAGGAGGAGACGAUUAUUGUUUUAGAAACUGGUCCAAUAUACAGUAUAAAAGGAAAAGGUGGGAGACAAAAAGAAGAUUUGGAAGCAUUUUUUCCUCCGUAUAAAUUGUAGUUUGUCCCUGUCCAGUGGACUGAUUCACUGUUUCUGUGUCCUAUGGGUUCUUUGUUAAGCAAGAGAAGUUAGUAGUUAAUUAUAUCAUGAAUGUACUUGUCUGUGUACAGUUUUUAGAACAUUAAAAAGGGUUUGUUUGCUUAGCUGUCAACAAGGAAAAACAUAAGGGAGGCAUUCAACAAACCAAUUUUGAGAUUAAAAAUCUUUUCUUUUAUAUUUUAAAACAUGCCCAAAAAUGAGGCAGUUGGCAAACUUCUCAGGACAAUGAAUUUUUCCCAUUUUUCUUUCUACGCCACACAGUGCAUUGUUUUUUCUACCUGCUUGUCUUAUUUUUUAGAAUAAUUUAGUAAACAAAAGAAAGACCGUUUCUCCUAAUUUUGGCAUGAAUUCCCUUAUUUCAAAAUGAAGACAACCUUGCAAAGAGAUUUUGAGGAAAAAAAAGGUUUUGUAUAAACGAGCAUUGUGCUUUUUGUCACCAGUUAAAGUAUAUAUUAUUGGUGGUAUGCGAAAAAGGCACUAGACUACUGAAAAGUAGCAGCAUUUCAUUGCCUACAUUGAUUCCUUCCUGGUAAUGUGGUAGGCUAGCAAUAUUUUUGGUUAAAAUCAUGUUUGUGACUGUAACCAUUUGUAUGAAUUAUUUUAAAGAAAUAAAAAUCCCAGACAAAUAUCAUAUGUGUAAAAAUUUUUAUUUCUAGUAACUGUUUAUUCAACUUUUAUUAGGUUUCUUAGCUGUAAUUUUUAAACAGAUGCUGUCAAGUAUUUCAUUUCUAGCUUUACUUUGCUCUCUGUUGUUUGUAAUACCGUCUUGGAAGCUUGAAAAAUAAUAAAAAAAAAAUUCUUUCCAUACCAUUUUUCCCUUUACAUUUCGUAAAUGUUGAUCUUUUUUUCCUGUGUUUCUAAUGGAGUUUGAAAUUAAGAUGGAUUUUGAUUUGUACACCGGCAUCGUCAGCUACAAUAUGGUAACAGCAUUUAUGCUACCACUGUGGGCAGAGCAGAGCAGGUACAACAGCAACACGACAAUAAUAAUAAUAAUAAACGUCUUUUGCCGAAGUCCAA